AUGCCGACGGCUUGCUUCGUGCACCUCGACGACGGGCCCAAUCCGACGGCGACGGCGGCGACACAUGCCGGCGGGAACAAAGUUGCCAUCGAUGGCCGACCUCAUGAGGUGGAUGGAGUCUUCGACGCACGGCUUGACAAAGACGACGACGUGUUCCAAGAGGUGUUGCAAAUCGCGACGGAAGACGCUCACCGUCCGGUGCCGCUGCAAGCCUUCGUUGAAGACGCCGUUUCCACGUGUACCGUGGUUAUCGGAACGAACGUGGGCACCAAGCGCAGCAUGUUCCAGGGUUCCGACGAGGAUGUCGACGACUCCCUCGGAAUACUGGGUUGGGUCUUCGAUCCAGUGUUUCAGCUGCUGAGAGACAAGGCGUUCGGGAUACAGGAGGGAUACUACGAGUUCGAUGUGGAUGUGUCCUUCUACGAGAUCUUCGACGAGAUAAUCACCGACCUGAUCAAGCCGGAUAACCUGGACCUGCAAGUGAAACUUCACCCAAUGCGAGGUUUCGAAGUGGAAGGGGUUUCGAGGACCAGAAUAGAGUCCCCGCAGGACGGACGGCGUCUCGUAAAAUCGGGGAGGAUAAACAGGAGGACCCAGGUGGGAAUCGGGUUAGGGUCGGAUUCGGUGCUGGAGGCCUAG